AUUUUAGCAAUUACAACUGAUAAUGCAUCUAAUAAUAAUAUAAUAUUUAGAUAUUUUGCUAAUUAUUCUCAAGAUCUUUUGAAAAAUCUUAAAGCUGAAGGACUUAAUAAAAAUAAAAUUUUAUUAGAUAAUGAAGAUAUUAUUUCUACA